AUGCUGCAGUAGUUUGGGGAUAAUGAGCGAACUGCAUCGGGUGUCGUCCUGGUCCGUGGAAGAGGUGCUGGAGUGGAUUCAGGAGCAGCAUCCAGGACUCAUGGAGACUCUCUACAAAGGCAUCAUCAAACACGACAUAUCAGGCCGAGCUCUACUGAGACUAAGGGAACAUCACCUGCAGCUUCUCGGGGUGGAGGACGACGAGCAGCAGCAGGAAAUACUGCAGGACCUUCUGCUUCUCAGAGUUCAGGAAGAAAUCAAUGAACUCAAUGACAUCUGCUCUGACUGUUUUUCUUCAUAAAGACGGCGAAACGACAGAAAGAUACCAGCUGGGUUCUUAUUUCCCGUCUGUCCAUUCAUCUGUGCGAAGGAGAUUGAAAGGUGGCAGUGAUGGAAAUAACAAGAGAAGGUGAACAGAGAGGAGGAUCGAUGGGAAGAGGAGAGAGAGAGAGAGAGGAAGAGAGAGAGAGAGAGAAAAACCCAUUUCCUGUGUGAAAUUUGACCCUCGCAGAUGGAUGAGAUUAGUUUUUGUCUGGUUGUCUUUUUUUUUUUUUUAUCCCUAUUGUCCAUUUGUCUCCGUCCUUUUCCUCCGUCUGUAUUCUGUUCAACCAUACCAGUAUCAAAUAUCCUGCAAAUCUGUAUUAAAUAACCUCCCAGCACCCAGAAAGCCCUUGUGGUGGAUGCUAAGAACUGCAAAAAAUAAAAAAAUUUAAGAAACCA